GCGAGGUGAGCCCGCCUUUUGUGCCGCAGCUGGCAUGGUUAAAGUUCACGCUUUCAAAGAGGGAAAAGAGGGGGUGUGCGGCCGACAACACCGAGAGCAUUGACACGUAUCAUCGGCUGGAGGACGUCAUUAUCGAGCCCUAGAGUAACCCUGGAGCGGAAGCGAGGACCGGAGGAAGUGGCGCCGGAAGCGGCCUUCACGCCCCCUUUCUUGAGCCCGUCGAUCGGCGGCACACUCGAUCUCGGAGCGCGUGGACACCAGCCCUCUUCCGAACAGCUCUCCGGAGACAAGAGACGAUCCUCGGGAGCGCUUCCUCCUUUCUCGUCGUCCCUCCUAAGCGCGGGGACCCGUGAUUCUUGAGGAAGGAUGGAGUCCCUGCUGAACCCGGCGGUGCUGGAGGGGCUGUCCCUCGCCUGGCUGUCCGAGGACCAGCCCAGCCUGGACGUGGGCUUGCUGGUGGUGGGCGAGACGGACUGCCUGGCCCACCUGUGGUGCAAGAGCCCCGGCGUGCUGGCCGGGGUGCCCUUCGCCAACGCCAUCCUCGCCCGGCUCGACUGCGACGUCAAGUGGCUCCGCAACGAGGGCGAGUGGCUCCACCCGGUCGCCAAGGUGGCCGAGGUGAGCGGGCAGGCCCGGCGCGUGCUCCUGGCUGAGCGCGUGCUGCUCAACUGCCUGGCGCGUGCCAGCGGAGUGGCGUCGGCGGCCCGGCGGAUGCGCGAGGUGCUGAACGGCGUCCACUGGGACGGUAUCCUGGCCGGCAGCCGCAAGACGACGCCGGGCUUCCGCCUGGUCGAGAAGUACGCGCUCAUGGUGGGAGGCGCCGACACGCACCGCUACGACGCCGCCUCCAUGGUCAUGCUCAAGGACAACCACCUGGCCUCGGUCGGCUCCGUCGAGAAGGCCGUCCAGAUCGCCCGCAAGAUGGGAGGCUUCACCAGGAAGGUGGAGGUUGAGUGCCGGAGCGUGGAAGAGGCGCAGCUGGCGGCCCGGUCCGGAUGCGACAUCAUCAUGCUCGACAACUUCCAGCCCAAGGACCUGCCCACGGCGGUGCACAAGCUGAAGACGGAGUUUCCGGGGGUCUUGCUGGAGGUCUCCGGCGGCAUCACCCCGGAGAACGUGACCGAGUUCGCGCUGGCGGGCGUGGACGUCAUCUCGUCCAGCUCGCUGGUGCAGGGCUACGCCACCGUCGACUUCUCGCUCAAGGUGCAGGCGCCCAAGAAGCCUGACGACUGCUGAAGGAAAGAUAUAUCCGCUCGCAUAUGCGCCGCACACUGCGCUCCAUUCCGAUCGAGGCUCUUCACUAAGCGUCCAAGUCAUAAACGCAAAAAAGUGCUUUACAAAUAAAAGUGUAAAUGUA